GUGCCAGGGAUUGAACUCGAGACCUUUUGCAUGCAAAACAGACACUCCACCACUAAGCCACAGCCAUUAAGGGAACGUCAAGACUCUGCGGUGUUUGUUGAAUGUUCAUGAAGCAGGAGCAGGGAGCUGGAAGAGGAACCAGCCUCCACCAAGCCACACAAGGGCAUUUCUUCAACCCCUCUCUCCUCGGCUACCUCUAACAUAUUCUCAAAAGCUCCCCUGGCUGCUUCUAGAGAAAUGGAGGCUCCUGGUCCUGUGGCGCCCCACCCACUCCCAUCACCUCCCUUUCCCACCCUGAUCCAGGGCACCUUCCUUACCCGUUCUGUGGGGGUCCCGAAAGGUCCCAGGCGCUGAGUUCCUCCUCCAAGACGAGACGCAAGACACUCGCCAGGUCAGUCUGACACUCCCAGGAGCAGGCGGCUAAGAUCCGGGAACUGCCAGCAGCUAGGGCUCCAGCAGCAAUGGGAAUGUCUCCAUUUUCAGCUACUGCUGUCAGGCUGCUAUUGCUCGCCAUCGCAAGUAAGAGGCCGGACCCUUGGCGUCAAGUGGCCGCUGAUAGGGACACUAUACAGCCAACUAGCGAGGGCGUUCUUGAUGGAGGAACUUAGCGUCGAGGGGACGCGUAUCUCGCCGGACGCUAUUCCCAAAAGGAACUUCCGCCCUUCUUCAGUUUCAACCAUAGACUUUACAAAAAGUCGUUCUAUUGCCUUAGUGAAGAAAGAGAUGUGCUUGACCAUAGAGAGAAUGACAAAUCUUGGUCCGCAGCCUGGAUUUCCUGGUUCCUUUGAUGCCUCUUGGGAGGUUUGAGAGCUGAAACGGUGACAGCAGCUCAUAAGAGACCACGAGGAAAGGCAGGACAUUAUGGUUGCAGUGAUUUGGCAGCGGCGUGUGCCCCCCAACCUACCCCCAUAGAAGGAGCAAAGACAGAAAUUAAUGCUCUUUCAAGUUCAGGUCUUCUUGUGUGGGGAAAAUGGUCGACAGGCUGCUUUUCUCCAGUUACACUGUGUAUGUGAUUAGAUGAAAUUGCCGUGGCAUUCCAAAUUGGAACACCUUUGCCCCUGAAGCUGGAGGAAGAGAUCAUGUUAGAAUGUUGUCUGUGUUAUUUAUUCAUCCUGGGACUAGCCAGCAUUGGAAAACCAAUGCUAACAAUAGGUGGGUAUGCCCAUCAGAUCUCUAGGGAUUCCAUAUAUGAGAUUAUAAUUCCUCAAAGACUGACAGACAGGGAGAAGCGCUGGACACAUUUUCAUGAGGAGCAUUUAGAUAAUCAGCUGUCUUAUUUGAUUCAAACUGGAAAUGGAACACACAUUCUGAAAUUAAAGAAAAAUAAAAAUCUUAUUGGUGAAAAUUUCAUAAUAUAUACCUACAGAAAAGAUGGCAAAUUGGAGACUGCUCCAUUUGAACCUAAGACCCACUGUUAUUACCAUGGAGUUGCUGAAGGGGUUGAAGACUCUUUGCUUGCUCUCAGCACGUGUGAUGGUCUUAGGGGAAUACUCCACAUAGGUGACAAACAAUAUGGCAUGGAACCAGUAAAUGGAUCAGAUCAAUUUGAGCACUUCUUCUAUGCAUUAGAAAAUUCUCUCCACGAGCCUUUUUUAUGUGGUGUGCCAAAUGAUGACCUGUACCAUGAGCAGAACGCAGAGACUUUUUUGAAAUACACGAAUAAAUCACACAGUCCCUUCAGUAAGGACAAAAUUAUAAGGAAAAGACGAGCUGUGCUGCCAGAUAAAAGAUACGUCGAAUUGUUUAUGGUUGUUGAUAAAAACAGGUACUUGCUGAAAAAAUCUGAUGUUGAUGCAGUACAAAAGGAAACCGUUGAACUGGCUAAUUAUGUGGAUGGGAUGUUCAGUUCCUUAAACAUACAAGUUGUUCUGGUUGGGCUAGAAAUAUGGACUAAUGAAAACCCCAUAGAAGUGGACACUGGUUCUGCUGGAGAUGUGCUGGGCAGAUUUGUGGCCUGGAGAGAGAAAAAUCUCAUGAAGAGAUCGAGAAAUGAUGUUAGCCACCUUAUCAUAGGGAGAAAUGCAUAUGGUGCAACAGUUGGGAUGGCUUUUGUUGGGACAGUCUGUAGUCGGGAUCUUGGAGGGUCAAUCAGCACAUUUAAUCGCAAUGCUGUGAUAGCUCAAGCUUCAAUUGUUGCUCAUGAGCUAGGACAUAAUCUUGGUAUGAAUCAUGAUGACGGAAGAUGUCCAAAUUACUACAUUAUGCACAGUUCAGAGAACGGGUCCAAGAACUUCAGCAGCUGCAGUACUGAUGAUUUUGAACAUCUCAUCUUGGGAGGCAGAGGAACCUGUCUUAGAAAUGCUCCCAAACCAAGUGAUAUUUACACAGAGCCCAUCUGUGGCAACAACAUUGUGGAUAAGAAUGAAGAAUGUGAUUGUGGCACCCUAGAAGUGGAGCUAAUUACCCACCUGAUAUCAUCUUCGACAUGCGCAGAGAAGACCGAUUUCACGGAGUGUGCCAACCCUUGCUGUGAUGCUACUACCUGCAAACUAAAAGCUGGAUCAGAGUGUGCUGAAGGAUUGUGCUGUGAAAAGUGCCAGUUCAAAGUUGCAGGAGUGCAGUGCAGGCCCAAAAUGAAUGCCUGUGACCUACCUGAAUAUUGUAAUGGAACAUACUCUGACUGCCCAGAUGAUGUGUAUAUCAUGGAUGGCUACCCAUGUAACAAUAUGAAAGACUAUUGCUAUGGUGGAGUUUGUCAGAAUUACAAUUCUCAGUGUGAAUCCCUCUUUGGAAAAGGAGCAAAAAAAGGGCCAAAUAUUUGUUUUGAAAAAGCCAAUAGUAAUGGAGACAGGUUUGGCAACUGUGGGACUUCAGGAGGAAGAUUUGUUAAAUGUACUCAAGCCAAUAGUCUGUGUGGCAAGCUCCACUGUACAUCUGUCAGUCAACAGAAUCUUCCAUCCCAGUUAUACAUCCAGAAUGAAGGUGGCAUUUCAUGUGUGACUACUGAGUUUGGUCUAGGAUCAGAUGUUCCUGAUCCAGCUCUGGUUCACAAAGGCACAGCUUGUGCAGAAGGGAAAGCCUGUGUUGAUUUCAGGUGUGUGAAUGCAAGCCUCCUUGGUUACAACUGUGAUGUAGAGAAAAAAUGUAAUGGCCAUGCAGUGUGUAACAAUAAAGGCAAUUGCCAUUGUGAUCCUGCAUGGGCACCUCCUUUUUGUGACAAAUCUGGUUAUGGUGGCAGCAUAGACAGUGGACCAACACGUAUAGAUACAUCCCUUCGUGAUGGCCUGCUUGUGUUUUUUCUGCUUGUGUUGCCUGUGCUAAUUAUAAUAGCGGUUGCAGUUGUCAAGAGGCAUGCAAUUAAAAGACGUCUCUUCAGAGAACAUAGAAGACGCCGCAGGGCUAAAAAUGCACGGGAAGCAAGACAAAAUAACACUCCAGGUGGAGCAAAGCAGCCUGACACAGUAAAUCAAAGGCGGCCUGCAACAUCAAAUUCUGGAAUCUUUACGAUAUCGCACUUUCCUGCACCAAGGCCACCAAUACAAACCAACCUUGGGCCACCUCCACCAAGACCUCCUUUACGACCACCAAUCCCACCAAGACCUGUUUUCUCAACUGCAUCCUUGAGGAAUUCUCAAGGGAUUUAGAAGGACACCUUGAGCAUACUAGGAAGAAAUGUGCCAGUGCUAAACCUGUUACAUAUUUUUGAAAGUAUUAUUUUUAUUACUAUACAAGUGAAGACCUCAUUUUCAUUGCUAUAAGGCUGAUAAAACAAUAACUAAAGAAUAAGGGGGAUAUUUUUUCUAAAUCAGUAGAUAGGUUAAGACUGCCUUAAUUAUUAGACCACAGAAUGCUGUUUAUUAGUCCUGUUAGCCAUGUCAGAUAUAUAUACAUCCAACACAGGGCCAAACAGCAUAUAACGCUAAAUGCAUAAUUAGAAAUCAUGUCAGGUUAUCAAAAUUUAAUACCAUUUUUAAUUUAAUAGAAGGCACGGGAUGAUUUGCAUUGGAAUCGUAGCACAUUAAAAGGGGUGAUCCUGAUUAAAAUAACACCCACCCAAGACAUAGAUAUUAAUGUUGUAGGAAAAAAGGUCCCAUUGGUGUCAAUGGGAACUUUCACCCUAAUAGCAGGGAGGGGCUAUUUUCAUCAGGAUCAUAGUGGAGGAAUGAAGGGUUAAACCUCCCCUAUGCUGCAAUGUUGCUGAAAAUCACUCCUCCACAUGCACAUACAUACAUCUACAUACAUAUAUCUGAUUUCUAAUGAUGCAUUUAGCAUUACGUAUAGUUUGUUCCACAGCCUGCUGUGAAUUGUUCCUUAACAUUCAGCUGCUGCUCUAAAUAUAAACAAAAAAUGUGAAUUAAAUAUAAAUGAAGGAGGAGAAAGGCCUACUUUUAAAAGGCAGUGGUUAUAUUAACACUUUUCCAAUGUGCUAAUAUAGCAGUUUCUUACAUUGCUCCAAUUCAGUAAGGGGUGGUCAACCCAAGGAAGCAGCCACCUGUGGAUUGAUGGUUCUUUUGAACUGGGAGCAUACAAACAAAAGGGAACUGCAUGUAAGUGGAGCCUACAAUGAAAAAUCUUGGGAGUGGGGUAUUUUUAUACAUCCUGUGUGCAUCACUCACAUGGUUGGCAAUGUCAAUAUCAAUCUGGCUGAGGAAAGGGACUGAUUCCAACCCAGUUUGUUCUUCAGCAAGUAAUUGGUAUUCAAGCUCACAGUUAAGUUCCAAAAUAAAUGGGUUUUUAAAUAUGCCUUUUUACCCUGACAUAGGCAACACACUUAUAGAUGGAGGAUCCGGCCUUCCAUUUCUGUAUUGUAAACCGGGGGGGGGGGUGGACUACACAUGGUCCUUAUUUACUUUUACUAUAUAGGAGUUCAGAUCUUGGUUACAAUAUUGUACUAUGUGACAGCCAAAAUCAUACCUAUUUACAGCCUUUCCAUAAUGUUUUAUUUUGGCAGUGAAGGAAUGUACAAUUUGACUACUGUGAAUGUGUUAUCUUUAGAAUCAAUAAAUUAUUUAUAAGGGUAUUUAUUUGAAUAAAGGACUUCACUGCUUUCACUCUACUAGGACAAGCCUACAUAUAUUUGCUCAGAAGUCCGCUAUAUUCAGUGGGCUUAUUCCCAGGCAAGUAUAUAUAGGAUUGCAGCCUUUGUUGCAUUUGACAAAAUAUAACAUUUCAGCAUGCAACCUUAUAACAUUGAAGGAUCAUAAGGCCUGGACUAUUCAGAGGAUUCGAUAUUCAUUAAACUUUAAAAAUUGCUAUAUUUGUAGCACUCUUCAAGGCAAGUUUGGCAAAAAAUUGAUUGACUUUGAUUAACUUUGUUUUGCAUCCUCACUAUAUUACGUCCUCUUUAAAUGAAAUACCAGAAUCAUGUCUAGUUAUAACUGGUGCUUGGAUAAAUGUUUAUGAAUGAGAUAUGUUUUGUAAAUUCACAAAUGAAAAAAUGUUUGUUCCAUUUUAUUUUAAGAAAUUUUAGAAACUGCUUAAUGAAGAAUUCUAGGUAGUGUACAUAAAACAAUAAAAUAUCAAUUAUAUACACAUAAAAUCAGCAGAAUUUAAAAACAAGUAAUAUAUAACUAAAUUAUAUUUCCAGAUAGGCUUGCUAAAAUAGCAGGCAUCUAAAAUAGUAAGAUACCUGCUAAAUGCUAAUAGGCAGGGAGUUCCAAAAAAUAGGUACUGCUACACUUAAAAAAUGACUCAGAGAGAUAUACAGAUCUUCCCACAUAUGUUUUAGAAUGUGUGCAUUUUACCUAAGCACUUUAGUCUAUAAUCCAGGCUUGCAUAACAUGUGACCCACCAGCUAUGGGAUGUAGCCUACUACCUGAUGCUUAACACAGCACCCCCACCCCGUGUUGGUUAGUCUCAGGAAGACAGCAAAUAAAGGAGAUUUAUCAAGCCUCUGGUUGGCCAUCACAGAUAGCUGGUGGGCUUUGCUGAGUCACAAUUUGCAUUGGCCUGCUCUAUGCCAGAAUCUUCAGAUGCUUUCAGAUGGGUACUUUGUAUCACAAGCGGAUCAUUCAGAUCCAUUUUUUUCUGUGUGCACGUUAAGCUUCCACAUGUUCUGCUCUUCCAGUUGUGAAUAUUUGUUGCUACUCCACCACUUGCAGAAAUGUGCCUGGGCUGUUUUGUUUUUGUAGAGCCUUGCUAUGGGCGGUAUAAAAAUUGAAUUAAAUAAAUAAAUAAAUAAAUCACUCCUCCUGGCUUCCCUUGCCUUUUUCUGUUCUUGGCAUGGUGCACACAGAGAUACUUGCACCCAUUUUUUUUUAAAAAAAAGUUACCUACCACAAGUGUGCAAUUGCAAACAUUACUAGUCCUUAGUGAUCAUGUUUCACAUUAGGCUAAAAGGAGGGUUUUGCAGCAGGGGGAAGCAUAUCUAUUUCCAUUUGGGUUUUAAAAAGCAAAAUUAAUAUUGAGGACUUGAGUAAGAGAGUGAUAUUUAGCUAUAGCAAUCUGUUGUUUGGUUUGACAGGGUCGGGUGGGAGGCAAUAUCCAAAAACCUUAGCACAAUUCCACAUUCCUUCACCCACCCCAAAAACAUAGGAAGAAUGAAAUACCAAAUUUAUGUUAAAGGUCUUCCAGAAGCCCAUCAUUAUUAGUAGUAUGUACUGUAUGUAUGUACUGUAAUUACAGUCUCUGAGGUAAUCUCCCACAUUUACUGUGUGGAGCACUUGAAAGAACAGCUCCCCCAAUCUGGGCUGCUGAAAUUUGGGUGCAGCAACCAGUGAAAAUAGGUGUCUUAAAUUUGGAAUUGGGGUUACCAGAAACAAAGUAGUUAGGUGAGAAGCAAACAGGAGCAUGAGUGUGGCAUUAGAGACCACCCACUAUACGUGACAAAUUGACCACUUUCCCCCCUCCCCAUACUCUAAUAAGCUUUCGUAUCAGCAGUGACUGAUUGCAAGUUAUUUUUUUCCUUUCAGAUUUUCCAUGGUAGGGAGAAAUUCAGAUUAAAUGUUUAAAAGUUUGGGUAUUUUGAUGACAAUGACAUCAUACAUGCAUGAGUAGUACCAAUUCCACAAAACAAUUUCCAUCAAAGCGCCCUACACAAAGAUAUCUUCAAAGUUUUGGCAAAAUUUUAAUGUUCACUUUAGUUUUGUGUUCAGAAAGAAAAGGUAGUAGUAUGGUGUUGCACAUAAAGGACAUUUUUUAAACAGGAACACACAAUUUUAAUGUUUAUAUAGUCUGGGAAAUUCCACAUCCACAGUUUAGCUCACUUUUCUGAGACUAAAGGAACAAAGGAAUCUGAAACUCCAACAGAAAUCAAACUUCCUUUUUGUACCACUAAAUUU